CAUGGCCUCUACGACCUCUACACCACUGUUUCUCGGCCUGGACCUAUCGACGCAGCAGCUCAAAGCCGUCUUACUCGAUCAAGCGUCGACGAUCGUCCACGAGGCAGCUGUUCACUUCGACCGCGACUUGCCCCACCAUGGGACCACCAACGGUGCUAUCAGCGGACCUGACGAAGGAGAGGUGACCUCUCCGGUACAGAUGUGGUUGGAGGCUAUCGAUCUGUUGUUGGAAAGAUUGAAGCAGGGAAAUUUCAACUUUGGUUCGAUCGUCGCCGUUUCAGGGGCUGGACAGCAACACGGGUCUGUCUACUGGUCCAGCGGUGCUGAAGCUCUUCUUGCUGCAUUGACUCCCGAUAAAAUGCUCUCGGAGCAGCUGUUCCCAGGAGCUUUCUCUCGAACCCGGUGUCCCAUCUGGCAGGAUUCGUCAACCACCGAAGAUUGCAAGCGAUUGGAAGAGGAGUAUGGCGGACCGCAGGCAGUCGCAGAUCGUACUGGCAGCAGAGCAUAUGAGAGAUUUACAGGUAAUCAGAUAUCUAGGAUCAGACGCCUGACCCCAGAUGUAUACGAGAAGACCGCGUACAUCUCGUUGGUUUCGUCCUUCAUACCCUCGGUCUUCCUUGGUCGUAUUGCCCCAAUUGAGAUUUCCGAUGCAAGUGGGAUGAAUUUGACGGAUGUUUUAUCCGGGAAGUGGGACGACAAGCUCCUCGAGAUCUGCGGUGGCCCUACUCUGCGGAAUAAGCUGGGACCUGAACCGGUGCUUGGUGGCAUUUCACUUGGAACUGUUAGUGAGUGGUGGGUGAAGAAGUGGGGCUUUGUGCCAGACUGUCUCGUUGCGCCUUUCACAGGCGACAACCCUGCUACUGUCAUUUCCCUGUCAGCUCCAGGAGACGCUUUACUCUCCUUGGGCACGUCGACCACAUUCUUAUUAUCUGUCCCGCCAUCCGAUAUCCCUCCAAAGCGAUUCACCACCUCGCACCUUCUUUCUCACCCAACCCAUCUGGACGGGAAGAUUUCGAUGCUCUGCUACAAGAAUGGAGCCCUUGCUCGCGAGCAGGUCAGAGACAGGUUCGCCAAUGGCGCUUGGAACACGUUCAACCAGCUCGUUGAACAAACGCCUCCAGGAUGCAAUGGAACGCUAGGGUUUUACUUCCCUCUGCCGGAGAUUAUUCCCCCGAACAUUGUUGGAGAGUAUUUCUUUACGACCUCACUUGUCAAGACGACUGUGAAGCUGCCUUUGGCUGUGUCGGAUGUAGCGUCAUCCAUUCAUCCCAGAGCCAUAUUGGAAUCCCAAUUCCUGUCUAUCCGCUCUCGAAUCGCUGCGAUAUUACUCGCGAAUUCCCCACACUUGCGUCGCUUGGUCAUUAGCGGCGGUUCUUCACAGAACUUGGUUAUACGCCAACUUGCAGCGGAUAUUUUCGGGAUGGACGUCUACGUGUCCGCUACCAAGGAAGCAGCAGCGUCAGGUGGAGCACUGCUCGCCAAAUAUGCCUGGUGGAAACGCACGCACCCUGACGGGACCUUCGAGGAGAUGACAGCCGGAGAAUCUAUGGGAUUGAAAUGCGUCGCGAAGCCACAGCCAGAUGUUGCUGCGAUCUAUAAAGACCUUGUCCCUGUAUACGAUUCGUGCGAGGAGCAAGUCGUGAAGACAUGGGAGUCCAGGAGUGUUAAGAAUUA